AUGGGGGACGAAUUGGACGAGGUGAUCGGGUUCUUGUCGGACAAGAACCCAGCGGUGAGGGCGCAGGCGGCGCAUAUCGUGCAAGGCUUGACCGGGACCGAUGACGGCGCGAAGCUCUUGUGCGAGAAAGCCGACGCGCUGGUGCCCAAGCUGCUGCACAUGAUCGGCAAGGAGGGAACGGAAUCGAAAUAUGCCGCGACUGCGCUCGUGAACUUGACGCACGAUCCCGAGGUGAUCGUCAAAUGCGUGAAUAAGGGUGCUGUGGAGCGCGCGAUGGACGCGCUUCGUGACGGAGACGGAGCGCCGGUUGAUCUAUUGUUGUCCAUUUUAGCGAACGUCACCACUGCAGAGAGCGGUGUGCACGUUAUUAGUCAAGAGGGUAAGCCGUUGGAGGGGUUCUACGUCUCAAAGUUGAUUCAGCUCUUGUCCACGGGCAAGCCGGAGGAGAGCUACGACCAGGCGGCGUCAGUGCUUACAAAUGUAACACGCGAUCCUAUCGGUCGACGGGUCUUUUUGGACCCGAAACGAGGCUUAUUAGCGUCUGUCAUUCCAUUUAUGACGCAGCCGAACGAGUUGAGGCGCGAGCGCGUCGCCGCUGCAUUGCGAAACUGUUGCAUGGAUGACAUUCAGCGCAAGGCGCUUCUGGACUUCGUCAAUCCAGGAACCCAGGAGCCGGAGGGUGAUGUGAUCCGCGCGCUCCUUCGACCCAUCAGCGGCAAGAAAGUUGGAGCAGAGUUAUCAGAUAACGUUCGUCAGGCGUGCGCAGAAGCAAUUUACGCUCUGGCGAAGGAUGAAGCCGCCCGCCCAAUCCUAUCAAAACUUGAGGCGCCGAGACUGCUGAAAGAUGGGUACGAGCUUGAGGAGCACCCAGAAACUUGUGCGGCUCUGGUGGCGAUCGGAAAUUUGUUCCUCGAGAGUGGAAUGGUCCCGGAAGACCUUCAAGAAGGGUUAAACCAGCCGCAAGCCGUCGAAGUGAUCGAUGACGAUGAAGCAAUGGUUAUGAUGGGACCUGGGAUGGGACCUGGUGGAUUCAUCAACACUGUGGAUUGA